AUGACGUCAGAGAUUAAAAAUGGACAGAUCAGAAACCAUAAAUGGAGCAUUACUCAUCGCACACGUGUCAUUUCCCUGUCCAAACUUCGCAAGAAUUAUCAGUCAUUUGAAUCCAAACGACAUCUCUGCUCCUUGUAUGAUGUGUUCAUUUGUGAUGAUGCAAUCUACCAUCUAUUACCCAAGUUACUUGGCAAGGCAUUCUUCUCAAAGAAAAAAUAUGGAUUAAUUAAAAAUGGCUUUGCGGGCCCGAUUAGUUUCCGGGGCUUUCAAGAAACGGGCCUCUGGACAGACAGAAACAACAGUUUUAUUUUUGCAAUGCAUGCAAUCAUUGAUCAUUUUUUUCAUGUUUCUAAUUUUUUUUUUCAUUGCAGUGCAAUCAAGGUGGCCCAUACUGGGCAGACGAUAGAGCAAUCUGUGGAAAAUGUUGUAAGCGCUGUCAGUGAAAUUGCCAAGAUCGUCCCAAGAGGCUGGAAUAACAUUCAGUCUUUAAACCUCAAAACAUCUGACUCAAUAUCUCUUCCAAUCUACACUUCACUGCCAGAGAAAUCUCUGGUCAUAGAUGAUACACAGCCACCAAAGAAAAAGAGAAAAAUGGAGACUUAAAAUGGAGUUUUGCGAGAAGCUUGUGAGCUAGGCGCAAUAGCAAAACGAUACAGACUCGAUAAAUUGUGGCAUUUGUAUUUGGGUUCAGUGUGCAAGACAUAUUGCUACCUUUAGAAGCCAUAAAUGGUACAAUCAGCAAUUUUUGAGACAAGAAAGAUGACUGGUUCAUUGUGACCUCACUGUAUGCUGGGAAAUUUCAUCAUGUGUCGUACAUGUAGGUUUUGCAAAGACAAAACCUACUUACUACUAAUCCGACGGUAUAUAUCAAUAAACUGUGAUAACCUUUGUCACAAGUGUCCCUUGACCAAAUUAAAUGCAAACAUGAUAACGGAG